CUCAUUGGAGGCACUCCCACCCCAUUUGCAUACCCACCAACUCCCAUCCUUCCCUAGGGGGCAGCUAUUUAAGGGGAGCUGGAGUUCAGACUUAACAAGACCAGCACUUGGAGCUAUUAACACCAGCGUUCUCUUAGAGGGGACUGUCCACAUGAAGACCCUUCUAUUGUUGGCCUUGACCAUGGCCUUUGGCCUGCUGCAGACCCACGGGGAUUUGGUGGAUUUCUGGAUAAUGGUUUGGUUGGCGACAAGAAAGGAUGCUGUGUCCAAUUAUGGCUCAUAUGGUUGCUACUGUGGCUGGGGCGGCCGAGGAACCCCCAAGGAUGCAACAGAUCGGUGCUGCGCCGAACAUGACUGUUGCUAUGAACGUCUGGAGGAUUUGGGAUGUGGCACCAAGUUACUGGAGUACGAAUUUGAUUACGAAAACGGCAAAAUCUUCUGUGGGUUGCAGGAUCGCUGUCGCAGGCAGCUGUGUGAAUGUGAUAAAGCAGCUGCCUCCUGUUUUGCGAGAAACCUGAACACCUACAAGAGACGGUACCAAUUCUACCCCAACCGGAUGUGCGGUGGGAGUGACUACUGGUGCUUCCCGCAGGGGGAGGUCUAGCCUCCCACGCUGAGCUUCCCUCUCUGGCCCCCACCCCUCCCCGCCCUGGGUAGUUCCUGCAAAGAAGGAAACACCCCUCUCCCAUCCCAGAGACAAGCCAGGAGCCCCUCGAUAUCCCAGAGAGAAGCCUUCCUUCCAGAAUGAGAAGCCCCCGGGCAUGUGGCCUGGCGCCUUUCCCCUCUUCCUUGGGAGGCAGGAGAUGUCCCGUCCCCACUGCUCUCCAAGCCCCGCUUCCUGCUUAGCCGUGGCGGCUACAUUCCCAGGGUCUCCUCCAAAUAAAGCAAUUAGUUCAUUGGCAAA